AAUUCGUGAUGGCAUCGACAGAGGCUCUUAAUGGAUUAAAAGUUUCAAAACAAACAAUAACGCUUUGGAAAAAGCAGGGUUGAAUGUCUGCCUGUACUUUCAGGCAUGACCAUGGAGAAAAGUGGGAACAUACAAUUGGAGAUUCCUGACUUCAGCAACUCCGUACUGAGCCAUCUCAACCAGCUGCGCAUGCAAGGCCGUCUCUGUGAUAUUGUGGUCAAUGUGCAAGGACAAGCUUUUCGGGCUCACAAAGUAGUGCUGGCUGCCAGCUCCCCUUAUUUCCGGGAUCACAUGUCCUUGAAUGAAAUGAGUACUGUGUCCAUUUCUGUCAUCAAGAACCCUACUGUUUUUGAACAGCUCCUUUCUUUCUGUUACACAGGGCGGAUAUGCCUGCAACUAGCAGAUAUCAUCAGCUACCUGACAGCCGCUAGUUUUCUGCAGAUGCAGCAUAUCAUAGACAAAUGUACACAGAUCCUAGAGGGCAUUCACUUCAAAAUUAAUGUGGCUGAGGUUGAAGCAGAACUAAGUCAAACAAGGACGAAGCAUCAAGAGAGACCUCCAGAGUCUCACAGGGUUACACCAACUCUAAACCGCUCACUUAGUCCACGGCAUAACACCACAAAGGGAAACUGGAGAGGACAGGUCAGUGCUGUGCUGGAUAUCAGAGAGCUCAGCCCCCAUGAGGAGUCCACCAGUCCUCAGAUAAUUGAACAGAGUUCUGAUGUAGAGAGCCGGGAGCCCAUUCUUCGAAUCAACAGAGCAGGGCAGUGGUAUGUGGAAACAGGAAUAGCAGACCAGGGUUCCCGGAGUGGAGAUGAAGUUAGGGUUCUUGGAGCAGUGCACAUCAAAACUGAAAAUCUGGAAGAGUGGCUUGGGCCAGAGAAUCAGCCUUCUGGAGAAGAUGGGAGUAGUGCAGAGGAAGUCACAGCCAUGGUGAUUGACACCACAGGCCAUGGUUCUGUUGGACAGGAAAGUUACACUUUAGGGUCUUCAGGAGCCAAGGUAGCUCGGCCAACCAGCAGUGAAGUUGACAGAUUUAGCCCCUCCGGCAGUGUUGUUUCCAUGACAGAAAGACACAGAGCCAGAAGUGAGUCUCCUGGGAGAAUGGAUGAGCCUAAGCACCUUAGCUCCCAGGUAGAGGAGUCAGCUAUGAUGGGAGUAAGCGGCUAUGUGGAGUAUCUCCGAGAACAGGAAGUAUCUGAACGGUGGUUCCGGUAUAAUCCCCGACUCACCUGCAUCUACUGUGCCAAAUCUUUCAACCAAAAGGGAAGUCUGGACCGCCACAUGCGCCUGCAUAUGGGAAUCACACCAUUUGUCUGCCGCAUGUGUGGGAAAAAGUAUACCCGAAAAGAUCAGCUGGAAUAUCAUAUCCGAAAGCACACAGGCAACAAGCCCUUUCACUGUCAUGUGUGUGGCAAAAGUUUCCCCUUUCAGGCCAUCUUGAAUCAGCACUUUCGAAAAAACCACCCUGGCUGUAUACCCCUAGAAGGGCCUCAUAGCAUUUCUCCUGAGACAACUGUCACAUCUCGGCAAGCUGAAGAAGGGUCACCUUCUCACGAAGAAACAGUUGCUCCUGGGGAAUCUGCCCAGGGCUCAGUGUCUACUACUGGGCCAGAUUGAAACGUGGAGGGGGAGGGGGCAGACCCUCUUCCCCUUUGGGCCGUUACCAGCCCCUAUCAGGACCAUGGGCUAGUACUUAGAUUCACAAAAUGCCACAUCGCUCUACUAGAAGAUGUACCUAUGGUGUUGCCAAAUUAGAAGACCAACAUGCAGAAAGCACUAAAGGCUCUUCUCCUCUUUCCACCUCACACUUUGGAAAAUAAUCAAGCAAAUCAGCUUCUAAUUCAGGGAUCAACAGCCUUGGUUUGUUAACUUUAUAAGAAAAAAAAAUGUUUUUAACAAAACUGA